GGGUGGGGUUCGCACGUGGCCCCCCAAAACUUCCUGGAGCGCUGCAGCGUGCUCCUGGGAGGUCUCGGCCGCGGCGGCGGCCCUCCCAGCGAUCAAAGCAGCGCAACAGUUCAGAGACGAGUCGGCCUCAGAGAUGCCCCAGAGAUCAUCAGCACGAGACGAAGCAGUUUGGUGGGCCUUCGUCCCGAGGAGCUCCAAGCGACCUUCACGCGAGUCCAGAAGGGGCCGGUGUCCGCAUUUCUCUGUGGGGGGCAGAGCGCCUCGGAGCAGCUGGGGACGGCCGGAGCCACGCGGGAGGCGGAGAGGGUGUCCAAGUGGAUGCUGGUUUUGCCGCCCUCCCAAAAUUGGCUGAGCGUCCUGGGCGUGAACAAGGGGCUCACGGGCCUCGCCAAGGACUUCGUCAUCAACUACCUCGGGCGCUCAGCGUACCACGACAAGAACGGGAAGCUCAUCGACAACAUCAAGUCGGUCUCGACGGCAUUUCCGAGGAGCAACAACGUGGACGACUACGCCAUAAAGGCCAUUCAGUCAGCAGUGCUUAAGGUAUGCAGGGAGGGCAAGAACUUGUUUUCAGAUGAUGGGUCGCUACACUUGAUGCUCUCGGAGCUGGAGGACGUCCUCCUGCUCUUCCUCCUCCCUCUUUCUCCCUCCUGCCUCCUUCUUCCAGCUGGUCUCCUCCCUACCCCCUUCAGCAUUCUCCCUUCUCCUCUUCCCUCCUCCUUCAGAUCCUUCUACUUUCCUCGCCCGUCCGAGUGGUCUUUCCCCCCCGUCCCUCUGCUGAGCUCGAGGACAUUAUCAAGGAUCCCACCGUCCUGCCGCACUUCCAGACCGCCCUGAAGACCAACGCCGAAGUUAAGAAUAUGUUCGACUACCUCUCUGGCCCCGCACCGACGAAAUCCGAGGAGCUGUAGCAAGAACGCCCGUACGGUUUUAUUUUCCUGCGGAAUUCGCGCGAUGUGGGCGCUCCACCACACACCUUGCAAUUAUUUGCAAGUCGCUGUCGACCGACGUAUAGCAAAACCAGAAGUGGCAUUGGUUGGCAUGCACUUUACCUGCACUUGCGUACUGGCACAUCGAGGGCAGCGAGCAAUCUGCGAGCAUGUGCGAUAUCGUUGGGUAGAAGCACGGCACGUACGGGGUAGUUGGUUU